AUGGCUGCCAACAACUCCGACUACGAGCUCCUCACCGAGCACUUUAGCUAUCCCCCAGUUUCUCUCCUCGACGACAUCAUCAAUACCGUCAACGUCCUCGCCGACCGCGCCCUCGACUCCGUCGAACGUCUUCUCCUCUCCAUCCCCCCCAAGAAACUCGGCUUCUCCAAAAAUCACAAGCGACCUGACCAAGGCCCUGAAGUUACCCCCGAAGAAGCCGCAAAACUAGAAAUCGAAAAUGGCACUCAUCAGCUCGAGACCUUGCUCAACGCCUCCAUUGACAAGAACUUUGACAUCUUUGAGCUCUACGUCAUGCAGAACAUCAUCACCGUUAGACCGCAGGACCAGCCCUAUAUGCGUCUCUCACACUACAACGGCCUCGACUUUCCCGACGACGAUACCGCCGCCGCGCAGCAAAUCGACAAGCCCUCCCCAGAGUCAAUCACCGCCCUCCGCAGACGGCUUCACGCAAGCCAGAAACUGAAUGUCGUUCUAGAAGCUGAGAAAGCACGCAACGACGCUCUUCUAAAAAGUCUGCGUUCACUCCUCGGUGUUGUCCCCGAUGCUACAAAGAGAGAAGAACAGGAGACUUCGUCGAAUGGAGAGAGUAGCGGUGCGGCGGCUAGUCCGUUUACCUUCUUGCGUGAUAGAGGCGGGCUUGAAGAGAGCGAUGGACAGCAGCCGAUUACGACGACGACAGAGUUUACGCUUUCGCAGCUGCAGGCGCUGCGUGCGCUGUCGGGGUCGUUGAGGAAGUUGUUGCCUGGGCUUGAGGAUGCUUCUAUGACGGAUGCUGCGGCGGAAACGUCAUCGGCGUCGGCAUCGUGGAGACAGGAGCGCGCAGAGUAUAUUGAGUCGUCGUCGAGAAAGUACCUCGAGAUGGUGGCUGGGCUGGAACUUGGGCCGGAGGGCGAGGUUCGUGAUGGGGAGUGGCAAGGUGAGGGGCGGGGGUUGAGUAAAGGUGAGGUGGAAGGGCUGGAGAAGGUUGCGGCUAUGUUGGGAGGGGGAAAGGAUGUUGAUGCGGGAGGUGAUACCAUGGAUACCACGUAG